CUCGCCUCACUCCAUCUUAGACCACGUUUCCCUCCGCAGAGUAUCAGUGUUCGGGAGAAAACGCAUUCUACCUCCCACACCCUCCCUCCUACAGUCAGAACAGGACUCAAGAGACAACAUCAGCUAUCCAGCCACCCAGGCAUCUAUCUUCGUAACCACCAUGACCAGGACAUGCGAGCCAGCGCCAAAUGACAGCUUGCAGGACAGUGGAUACACCGAGGAGGCGAUGCCAGAGGAGGUGGUGAUGGUGGUGGCGUACCGUUACCUCAUUCCAAUAUUCGUCUCCAUCAAUAUAUUCACCAACCUGCUGAACGUGGUUAUCCUCAGCAGCCUUGGGCGGCAGCAUCGGCCAAAACAGCAGGGACAAGCUACUACCUUCCGCUACCUGCUGUGGCUGGCCAUCACCGACGUGUUCGUCUCACUUUUCUUGGUUGUCGCCCUUUCACACCUUGAGCGCAGUGACCUGCCCUACGGCUGGGCCUUCUACUAUGCCCAUAUGGAGAUUACCAUUCUUAACGCCCUCACGAGCGGCAGCGCCUACAUAAUGGUGGGACUGUCUGUGGAUCGUUUCGUUGCUGUUUGCUACCCACGCCGAUAUUGCGCGAUCAGCGCCCCUCGCCUUGCCAACAUUCGCAUCAGUCUUUCCCUGUUGGUGCCCGUGCUAUUGUACCUUCCACAUGGGUUUUCACAGAAGAUCAUCUGCAACACUCAAGGGACAGGAUGGACCUACGACGGUGCAGAAAUGGAUAGCGACCUCAAGUGGUUCAUGUGGGAGGUGAUAGUAGAGUUGUUCCACCGCCUCAUCCCUGCUUCGCUUCUCCUAUUCCUCAACAUCCGCAUUAUAUGUACCUUCAGGAAGAUAAAGAUGCGUCGUAGGAACAUCAUAAGCAAAAAUGAGAAGGAAAAGGACGGAAAGGCCCAACUGGAACAGCACCUUGUGUACAUGCUUAUAGCCAUCGUCACCACCUUCCUGGUCUCCAAUUUGCCUGCCGCAGUUCUCGCUCUCAUUGACCGAGCUGGCUCUGCCCAUGGUCCUCCUGCUGUUGAGGUAUUCCGAGCGGUGGCCAAUUCCUUGGAGGCAUUCGGCUCUUCACUUAACUUUGUGCUGUACUUCUGUUUCGUGCCGGACGUGCGCCAGGAGAUGUUGCAACUUCUUCAAGGAGUGCAGGGUGGAGCCAGGGGAUUACUGAAGCACGCCACGGCUUCCCACGUUUGCUCUGACUCCAUCACCAAUGACAGGUCUUCAAAAGAGACAGAUUGUGAGGAUAUUUAUGAAGUAAGUUGCAUGGAUAUAGAGAACUGAAGAACAGUUCUUUUCGUCCUGCUUCAAGACGAAGAACAAGUGGCGGUGCUCCAGACCAGAAAUCAUCAUUCCAGAUAUACAUAUGUACAGUACACGAAAGACGUGGUCGUGAGAAGGCUGACGUUGAAUUAGUUACAGCAAAUUAGUAUUUCUGUCUCAAUAUCCAAUAUAUUCAAUAUGCUAGUUUAGUUUGUAUAGUCUGCCUCAAACAUGUUUGUGAUAACGUGAGAUAGUGAUGUUCCUAUCCAUGGAUGGUAUUACUUAUUACAUGUAGAUGACAGCUAGGAUAUGACUUUUAAAGUGUAACUGAUGUGUAUGCAAUUCACCACCACCACGGUCGUCUGCUGGUCACCCAACCAGUCUUCCCCAUUAUGGAGCGAACUCAAAGUUCAUCUGAUCUUCGGGUAGGACUGAGACCACAACACACCACACAC